GCCAAUCACACACUUCGGCCGCUGUGCUCCAAGAUGGCGGCUUCCAGUGUUCCGUACAACACAUCAUCGCAUUUGAAAGCUAAAUAUCUUUAUCUCUCGACCGUUUAAACCCAUGAGGGGGCAGACCAGAAGGAGCCGAGCCGGCCUGAGUUGUCGCCGUUGAAACACGGAAACGGUUUCCCCCUGUGGUUUGUUCAUGCGAGGACCCGGUGUCGGUGUCGGUCUGAAGGGGGUUGUGUUAUCCGAGUAUGGCCACCGAGAACAGGAUCAAUUUUUGGAGGAAAAACGCAAAGGUUCCCGGAAGUGUACAACCAGUUUAUGGAGCACAGCACCCACCCCUCGACCCGCGAUUGCGGCGCACGUAUCCCAAAGACACAAAGCCCAAGUUCAACAAUCUCAAGUCUAAAAAGGCCUCAAGCUUCCACGAGUUCGCCCGCAGCACCAACGAUGCUUGGGACAUUGACGAUGAGGAAGAUGAGGAUUUCCUCGGGUCCCCUGCCCCAGCUUCAUCCCUGCCAUCAGGCCUGCACUCUACGUCCACACAGAACCAGCAGCAGCAGCAGAAUCAGGUGGGUGACACAGAGAGCAGGACUUCACACAGACUGGCCUCUCCUGGCUCAGACGCUCAAAACCUCCAUGAUGUUCAGGAGGAAGAUGCAGACUGCGAGCACGUCAAUGGCAAGGUCGUCAAGUCUAACAGUGAGGCCCACCUCAACUCGUCCUCAGUUCGCUCCACGCUGCAGAAGCAGCAGUCACUCCCAGUUCGUCCCAUCAUCCCGCUGGUGGCUCGCAUCUCAGACCAGAACGCGUCAGGGGCACCACCCAUGACAGUGCGGGAGAAGAGUCGGCUGGACAAGUUCAAGCAUCUGCUUGCUAGUCCCAACACUGAUCUAGAGGAACUCCGGAAGCACAGCUGGUCAGGAAUUCCAAGAGAAGUCCGGCCGAUCACAUGGAGGCUUCUCUCUGGCUACCUGCCGGCCAACAAGGAGCGCAGAGAGCUGGUGCUGAAAAGGAAGCGAGAAGAAUACUUUGGUUUUAUAGAGCAGUAUUACCACUCCAGAACAGACGAGCACUAUAAAGACACAUACAGACAGAUCCACAUCGACAUUCCAAGAACCAACCCCCUGAUCCCCCUGUUCCAGCAGCCUGUUGUCCAAGAGGUGUUUGAGCGAAUCCUCUUUAUCUGGGCCAUCCGUCACCCAGCCAGUGGCUACGUCCAGGGAAUCAAUGAUCUGGUCACACCCUUCUUUGUUGUUUUCCUGUCUGAGUUUGUCACGGAGGAUGUGGAGAACUUUGAGGUGGCAGCGCUGCCUCUGGACACCCAGAGAAACAUCGAAGCUGAUAGCUUCUGGUGCAUGAGCAAGCUGCUGGAUGGAAUACAGGACAACUACACCUUCGCUCAGCCAGGAAUCCAGAACAAAGUGAAAGCUUUGGAGGAGCUGGUCAGCAGGAUAGAUGAGGACAUUCACAAUCAUUUCAAGAAGUAUGAGGUGGAGUACCUGCAGUUUGCUUUCCGGUGGAUGAACAAUCUUCUGAUGAGGGAGCUGCCCCUUCGUUGCACUAUCCGUCUCUGGGACACCUACCAGGCUGAAGCAGAGGGUUUCUCCCAUUUCCACCUCUACGUCUGUGCUGCUUUCCUCAUUGAGUGGCGCAAAGAAAUUCUCUCCAUGGUUGACUUUCAGGGCCUUCUCAUGCUACUGCAGAACGUUCCCACAAUCCACUGGGGGAACGAGGAAGUGGGUCUCCUCCUGGCUGAAGCUUACAGACUGAAGUACAUGUUUGCAGAUGCACCGAGCCACUACAAGAGAUAGACUCGGGGCGUCCACAUCACAGCAGACACAGUACUUUUAAACUUCAGAUGGAACCAGACUGUGACUGGAUGGACUCACACUGUCUGGCCAGAAAGUGUUGUCUCUGCGGUGACCUGGAAGAGACUGAUGUAUUCAAGUGCAGCUCCAGGAGACCUGCAGGGUGUAAUCUCAGAGCCACUAAACUUAUCCUGUGAAAAUGAAGUCCGCUGAGUAUCACACACUGGAUUUGGGUUUAUGGUGCAGCCGUAGAGCUCAGUGAAUAUGAGACUAUUUGCAGUCGACGCACUGCACCGUAUCAGUGGACUGUUACAGUAUGAAUAACCACAGCUAUGCCAUUUUGGUUUACUUGUACUGUUUUUGGUCAUGCAACAUUGAUUGUCUCUCAAGUGGAGUGUACACUCAGAGGUACAUGCUGUGAUACAAAGGGAUGAUGAAUGUUUGUGAAAUCAUCCUCUUAGUGAAAGAUGGUAUCUACAGAUUCUAUUUUUUUGCAGAUUUGUUUUAGUAGAUGUUUUACAAGGAAAGAAAUAAUUGGUUUAAGCCAGGCAACAACAACCUUGUCUCUUUUCAAACUGAUUUAGUCUGACACUGGACUUCGGGUUUCCCACACUUUUUCAGAUAAGAGAGCUUGUUUGUGAGUAGACAUACAGUAUAUUUUGGUUCAGGGUUACCAAAUCUGCACUGUACAAUCAACUCAUCAAAGUCCCGAGUUUUGGCCUCAAUCAGUCAGUUUAAUUAGUUGCCAGUUCUGAUAUUUUGGUUUGUAUUUAGGUAAAAGACCUAAGAGUAGCAUAUAGUAGGUACUGUUUUGGUUGAAGGUGGAGAAACUGGUCUGGUAUCAGUUUGCCUACCUGGUCCUGAAGAGUUUUUGGGAUUGGGAAAGAUUGUUUGGAAAAGCUCUGAGGCUCUUGGGUUCAGUUCAUAUGUCAACAAUGGUAAAAUUAAUAUUUUUACUGCCCCUGAAUAGAUCAGGAAAAUGUGAGAACUUCUGGAUUAAUGUCCCCGUUCAUAUGUCAGUUGAAAGAGAUAUAAUUUCAUGUUGGAACUGACUUAGAUGAAUCUAACUUUUAUUAUAUUUUAGACAAUUGAAAGACUGUUUUAGUUAGAGAUUGUGGCACAAGAUGAGACUGUGUUGAUUUUCCCAAAACUCAGUUUUUAUGCAUAACAAAGAGAAUAGAUGUCUUACAAAUGAUCUUAUGAUAGUCUGUGAAGUAUCUAAUUAAAAACCUGUGGCCACUGUAAAAACUACAUAUUAUAACAAGUAGUAAAAAUGUUCCAUUUCCUCAGUUUAGCAUAAUUGUUAAAUAAUAAUUGAGAUAUUUUUUUUAAUUGAGGAAGUGCCCCUGUCAAUGUUUGUUGGAAGACAUUUAGUCACACCAUCCUACCUGUGGACACAGUGCAGCUCAGAAUACAUGAUGAUGCCUUUGUUAUGAGCAUUUGUAAUGUACUCCAUCCUUUUAAUGUAACAUGGAUCAAUGCUUUGUCAUUAAUGCUUGUGUUUUAUAUUUGUUCCAGGUUCAGGUUAGGGUGCUCUCAUAUCUCCUGUGUUUAUUUGUAACUGCAUUUGUUGUGUGUGCGUGCUACUAUGACUCAUCUACCUUCAUUACCAGUGUUAAUUAUGACACAAUGUAUGUAUGAAGAAUCAAAAAACAUUAGCCUUUGGUAAACUCAGUCAUUCCUACCAUUAGAUGUGUGUAAGGGGUUUUGCUUCAGUCAUUUGCUUCAUGUGAAAAUCAGGAUUUAAAAUCACUGUGGACCAGAUGCCUGGCUGUUAUCCUGGUUAUUGUCAACUACAAGAAAUGUAUCUUUCAUGAAAAGUCUUAAAUCACAUCCAGAAAUUAUCCAGUCCCUCUGAAAUACGCUGUUUCAACUGUAGAUUGAAGUCUGAGUUACUUCAUGGCAUUAUAUUAAGUGAAAUGCUACUAAAGACACUGUGGUACUGAAGUAGACCUUUUUUUAUUUUUGGAAAAGUCUUACUUUCAUUUACCUUUUAUAUCUUAUAUCUAUGUUUAUAGCUCAUUCAUUGUCGGUUUUUGCAUUAUUGAGCCACCUGUACUCUUGUUUUGCUCACCUGAAACAUGUCAUGUUGUGAGUGUUACAGUUACAGUAUACCCUUAGCCUUGUGGUAGUUUUUCUUCAUUCAGGUGCAAUGACUGAUUGUUUCCCUGCCAUGAUGGUGUUGUUCACUCCAUGCUGUGUUCAUGUAAAGGUCACGUGUCCUCAGACAUGAUGUUGAUAACUAAAGGUUGACAAAAUGAAAAUGUGUUGAUUUGUUCCAGAAGUGUUCCUGCUGUUUUUUCAACAAUAACAUGCCAAUCGUUAUCUGGCUAAUACAAUCUGUGCUUCAAUAGUCAGUGCUGGCUUCAGGCUUUUAAAGGAAUAAUUAUUCAAUUAUUACAGUACCUGCUGUAUAUUAACUUUCUGUUUAUAUUAAACGAUUGUUAUACAAGUGCCAAAAUGAA